AUGGCAGUUAAAGAAAAAACAAUAGUAGACUUGUUUGGUUCAUUGAAGUUGGUGGAUAGAUCCCAAUUGGAGUACUUGGAUGAAUCACCAACUGAUGAUCAGAAGAAAAGCAAAAAUAAUGGAGAUUUAAAGAGUCAAGUGAAAUCAGUUAAUGACAAUAACCAAGAUAAUAAAAAUACAGAAAAUAAUAUCAAUAUCGAUAAAGAUGAUGAUGAGGAUAUAGAUAUUUUAUCAUCGAUCAAUACAGCCAGUGAAAAAAUCACUUAUAAUCCAAUUGAUCAAAAGAUUAUAGAAUACUUAAACUUAUUGUCCAAGCUAUAUGAUUUAACUCUAGAAAUCGAUAAAUCCUCAUCAAUGGGUUUUAUAAACCUAGCAAGAGCCAAUUAUGUCAAUUUUGGUGGAAUUUCUAAAAGAUAUAGUCAAUUAUACUGGGAUAUGAGAGAUAGGGAACCAAAAUAUAUUGUUGUCAUGAACUUAACACAGGAAAAGCAAGUUAAUUUUUUAAUUAAAGAAAAGGAAACACCAAUAGAUAAUGUUGAAUCAAUUGGUUUAGAUGACAAAUUAACAGAACAACAUAACUUAAAUGAAUCAAACUUAAGAAAGAGAAAUGUGGCUAAUUUAAACCAAAGUAAAAAAGUGGAAACAGAAACAGAUGAUGGAAAUUCCGAUGAAUCUCCUUUCCAUAAAGAGCCUAUUCAAGAAGAAACCAUUAAAAAGAACGAGAAAACGAAAAAAAUGAAAAAGAAAAUUGACAAAAGCAAUGGUAUUAAUAUGUUUGGUGGUGCAUUAGCAGCUUAUCCAUUAAAACAAUCUCAAAAAUUUUUUAUUGAAGAAUUUAAGUUGUUAAUCGAGCUUGCAAAUUUAAGAACCUCAAUUGAAAACUUAGCCAUUGAAAUUAGUAAAUUGAGGUUGGAAGAAAACAGUAAACGAAACGGAAAUUCUUUAUCAUUUGAAAACGAUAAAGUAAAUAUAAAAAAGGGAAAUUAUAAUAAUGAUAAUAGUAAUAAAAAUGCUUUUAUAAAAAAAAAUGAGACAAAUUCUAUUGAAUUAGACAAGUAA